AUGGAUUGCUCACUCGAUGGAAAAUUUUACCCCGUGAAAUAUCUUUACUUGGCUUAUAAAAAGAUCCUGACCACUAUCUUUCAUUUCUAUCGACAAUUUGGGACUUUAUUCAUUCUUGACGUUGCCGAUUGGUUCAUUGCCUUCCUUAAUAUCAUUUCACCCAAUCAACCGGUCGAUCAAAAUGUUCCCAAACCGUUUUCUCCUGAAAGUCCUCCCCCAUUUUUCGAGCAUCCUUUCAUCUAUCUGAUUUGCUUAUUGGCAUGGAUAAUCGGCCCUGAUCUAUCUCCCGACUGGUUAAAUCAGUGGUCUGUUUGGAAGGGCCUCGGUCCGGAUGGUAGAUGGGCAGAGGUGAACCUCUACGAAGCCAAGGAGGGCUCAAGAAGUCCUUGUCCGGCUCUCAAUGCCCUGGCUAAUCACGGGAUCAUCAAUCCUUCAGGCUGCGAAUUAACAUUCCAUCAAAUUACUUCUGCUGCCGCAAGAGCCUACAACUGCUCGCCCGCCUUUGCCAUAAGGUCAUUGUUGGGAGCUUAUCCCAUCGUGGAAGGUCGUCAAACUAUCAAGCUAUCCGAUCUAUCGGCUCAUGGUAUCAUCGCACAUGAUGCCAGCUUAUUGCGCUCUUCGCACCGAAUCAACACAGGUCCCGAUAUCUAUUCACCGGCCUAUGCACGCUACAAGGACGUGCAAUCCCACCCUUGGCCUGAUCUCAUCAAUCGUUUCUUUCCUGCUGGAGAUUGUCCUGUGACACCCCGAGAGUGUUCUGAGGCUUUAUCGAUACGCCGAGCCGAAUGCCAAGCCGAAAAUCCCCGUUUUCAUCGCACACUUCAAACUGAUAUCAUUGGAUGUAUGAAUUGUUCCGUGUUGCUUACCGUCACAGGUGGAGAUCGUAAAGUGAUCCGUAAUUUAACUGGAAUCGCCGGCUAUGAACAAUUUGAUCGUGAUUGGAAACCGGCUGGUCGUCAAGCCUAUGGUAUCAGCGGGGCUCGUUUGCAAUUCUUGGGAGCUUGGAUUGGAUUUGGGACUGACUCGUAUUUUUUGGCGAAACGUCGGGACAUUUGA